GUGCCGUUGAAGGGAAGCAGGCACGAGAGGGAAUGAGUGCGAAUUGGUGGAUUCAUGCUGUCUAAUUUGCUUUCAGACCUAAAAUUCCAGAUUCGAGGCCAGUGACUAAGUAUCCUUAGUGUAGAGUUUUUCAUCACACGAAUUAAUCUAAGUAUCAAAAACAAUGGCAUCGACGUCACUCUUUCCUUCCGCUUGCCUGUCUUCCCACUUUCUGCGCAAUACCAGGGAAUCAUGGUCCGCCGUAAAAACUCUACUGGUGCCCUUUGUCCUCGCAUCACGAAUGGGAAGAAAAAGGACUAUGUUGAACAUUGCGCCACCAAAGAGAUGCGCGCACCAAAGAGCUUCUGCUGAUGAAGAUGAUAGACGCACUUCCUGGUUACCGGCUGCAGGACUUGAUGCCAGAGCUCUAUUCUUCACACACCAGAUGUGGAGGACUACGGCUGCAUACUUGGUUCAGCAUUUCUCAAGCUCGUUUCUGGCGGAUUUCGAAGCAGACCCUUUUGUCUUCCUUACCCCACGUAAGCUUUCACGUAGAAAAGACAUCAAGAUGAGAAGCGUGAGCGCACCUUAUCCACGAGACGCACGAAAGAAAAAAGUAGUACCACAUGUAAGAGGAUUGCUUGAGAAAUUGAUCAAGUGAAAUGGUGAUACAUACCUAUUUACACACGACAUGCAUCUACUACACAUUUCAUUUUGAAGCGAACUCUCUCCUGCAAGUGCAACCCAGUUCUUGGAAUGAAAAAACAAGUACUUCUGCUACGCGAUCAUUCCUCCUGGUCAGAAAAUGUUCAAGAGUUUAGUGAGGCCUUGCUCCUAAGUGAGGGCACCAAAGAAAGAAAGUGG